CACCUGCAGCGCUGGGAGCCUGCGUAGAGACGAGGUGCCCUAAGGCGCCCCUGGGCUGUUCUGGUGGCUCCCGGCGGGCAGCACCUGGUGCAGGCACACGGAGCGAUCGCGGCUCCGCUGUUCUGGGGGUUCUCGGCGGGCAGCACCUGGGGAAGGCACACGGAGCGAUCGCGGCUCCGCUGUUCUGGGGGCUCCCGGCGGGCAGCACCUGGGGCAGGCACACGGAGCGAUCGCGGCUCCGCUGUUCUGGGGGCUCCCGGCGGGCAGCACCUGGGGCAGGCACACGGAGCGAUCGCGGCUCCGCUGUUCUGGGGGUUGUCGGCGGGCAGCACCUGGGGCGGGCACACGGAGAGUUCGUGGUUCUGCGGUUCCCGGGCGCGGCUCCUCGCCCGCCCGGGCUCUCCGCCCCUCGGGCACAGCGCGCGGCCGCCCCCGCAGCCAGAAAAGCGCCGCGGCCGCAAGGGAGUCCAAAGCAGCCCGAGGGGCCGCCUGGCCCAGCCGCACCUUCCUCCUCAUCCUUUUCCUCCGCAGCGGAGAGCGGUGCUUCCCGGAGCACGGGUGUGCGGGGCUGAGGGGCUGCUUUAGCCUUUGUGGUAGUGCUUUGGUUAAAGUGAUGCCAGUGAGUGCUCAAAGUGGAUAUUGCAAGCUUUUUGGAAAGUGUGUUUGCUUAAUAGAACGUCUGCAGAAGGUAUGAAGCAAAGCAAACUCUGGUGGAGUUUUUAAAUCACCUUGUAGCUGCUGCCUUUCAUGCAAGAUUUCUGAAUUGCUUUAGGGAAAACUCCUAAACCUGUGUGCCUUAAUGAGUGCAGACAACUUUCCUGGAUACAGUAAAGGAUAAUUCAGUUAGAUGCAAACCAAAUAGAAGAGAUUACAAAGUAAUAUAAGUUGUUUUACUACAAGUAGAGAGUCAAUGGCAGUUUUACUCAGACUUUGUCACUGUAACAGAAGGACUGGCUGUAAGAUGGAGCUGCCUGGUAUUGUUCUUGCUGUUUGGAUGUUUGUUUGCCUCUGUGCAUCUGUGGUUGGCUAUCCAAAUGGAAAAGUAAGAGAAGCCUGUACUAACAUGAUACCCUGCCAUGGUGGCUCUCCUCAGCUGUCACCUGAGCACAGCAUUACAGUGAAUGGGACUGAAUUUAAACCAGGGGACAGCAUAGAAGUUCACCUGUCUGGACCAGAUUUUGAAGGAUUUUUCAUACAAGCCCGGGAUUCAGAACACCUGGACAGCCCUGCAGUUGGUUCUUUUGUGUUAGCUGAUCGCAGACAUUCUCAGCUGCUGACAUGUGGUCGUACCAAGAAUUCAGCUGUCAGUCACACAAGUAAAGCAAAAAAGAAAGACAUAAAAGUUUAUUGGAUUGCUCCUGGGGAUGCUCCAAAAAAUGUGCAGUUUCUAGCCACAGUUGUGAAGAAAUACAGGAUUUUCUGGGUGAAAAUUCCAGGUCCUAUUAUUUCUCAGCCUGAUGUGCUGUCCCCAACACCACCUUUGCAUGCAAGAUCAGAGGCUAUGUCAACUUCACACCCAGUUUCCUACAUAUCAAAGCCAUUUAGUGCCUCAGGUUGUGGAAUUACGAAGUUCUGCAUUAGGAAUCCUACAAACUGUGAUCCUGGAAGUGCAUCCUGCUUUUUUCUAUCCUUCCAACAAGAGGAGAGCUCAGUUUUUAUUGAAAUGAGUGGUCCAAGUGAAGGAUAUUUAGCACUUGCAUUUUCCCAUGACCAGUGGAUGGGUGGUGAUGAUGCUUAUCUGUGUGUUAAUGAGGAUCACCGCGUUCAUGUCAGCACUGCCCAUCUGAAGGAGCGAAGUCAUCCUCUCUUGGAUUCAGAGAAUGCACUUGAAGAUGUGUCGUGGAGGCUUGCAGAUGGUGUUCUUCAAUGUUCUUUCAGGAGGAGCAUUCGUCUCCCUGCCUAUACAGGGAGAUUUAAUCUGGAUACCAGUUACUACAUCUUUCUGGCAGAUGGGGAAGCUAGUGAAGGUGGACCGAUACACAAACAUGGUCGUCAGCCCCUGGUCACCGAUGGACUGUACAACGUCACAGGCCUUCCUCAGGAUAUCGGAGGUUCCCGGGCCCCACGCCUUAUCAAGGCUCAUGGAGCACUCAUGUUUGUUGCUUGGAUUACCACGGUUAGUAUUGGUGUUAUUGUUGCACGAUUCUUCAAACCUGUCUGGUCUCAUUCAUUCCUACUUGGAAAGGAGCUGUGGUUUCAGGUGCAUCGUAUGCUUAUGUUGACCACAGUCAUGCUUACAAGCAUUUCUUUUGUGUUGCCUUUUGUAUACCGAGGAGGCUGGAGCCACCAAGCAGGUUUUCAUCCUUAUCUUGGCUGUGGUGUGAUGGCUUUGACAAUCUUUCAACCACUUAUGGCAGGUUUCAGACCAUCUCGUCAUGCACCAAGGAGGCAAUUGUUUAACUGGUUUCACUGGAGUACUGGUACAACAGCUAGAAUAUUAGCUGUUGUGACUAUGUUCUUGGGAAUGGAUCUGCCAGCACUUAACCUGCCGGACCCAUGGGACACCUAUGCAAUGAUUGGCUUUGUAGCUUGGCACGUUGGUACUGAUGUUCUUCUGGAAAUCCACAGCUACUGUCUCAUUCGUAAAGUUGAAGUGAUAGAGGAUGACAGAGUACAGAUACUGCAGUCACUCACAUCUGCAGAAGCAGAGGGUCAUCUGUUUAAACAGAUUGUAUUAACCAUCUAUAUCUGUGGAAAUAUAGUAUUCCUGGUUGCCUUCCUGAUAGCAAUCAACCAAGUAUGAAAUAAGUAUUUGAGAAUUUAGUGACAAAAUACUGUGCAGUUGAAAAAUCUGCAAGGAAUACUUUUCAUUACAACUUUUUUCUCAAUGUGUUCCUGAAGAUGUAAUUGAAGAACAGCAAUAAGAAUGCAUGUUAUGCUCAGUGUUGGGGAGAUCUGGAAUUCAAAUCUAGAGACGAAUUGUCCUACAGUCAAUUGCAGUCCUACAAAAGCUGUCUUCUGAUGGGACUCUUAAUGGGAACCUUUGCCUGAAUAAGGAAUGAAUCUGUUUUUGAAGCACACUAGUUAACUUGAUUGAAGCUUAUAGGUGAGAAGACUGAGAUGUGCUACAAUUGUUACUUAGAUAAUUCCCUAAACCUUUGGUGAAUAUUACUGGGGGAACUGGUAAGAAAUGACUGAUCUGUCCACUUUACUGUUUUAAUGUGUGAUAUGCCAGCUUCCUGCUCUUGACAGUCUUGUUCAUAAAGAAACUCCCAACCAAACCAUGAAACUUAGUGGAAGAUUGUCACAAAUACAGGUUGAUGCAUGAGCUAAAUAGAUAAAAGUAAAAUGCAAAAAGCACUGUCUGCUCUAAGAGCAGUGUACUUACACAACAAGCACAGGACUUUAGGAACUUCAGUCCUUUAGUAAAACCACCAUUUGCCUCACUCAAAAUACUGCUGUCUCAUCCCUCUCGGUGCUUCUGAAUCAUAAAGAGAAAACAUGUUAUAUAAUAUAUGUAAUAUAAAUGCAUUAAAACCUGUUGUAACGUAUCUAAAACCCAAACCAGGAAGAACCUGUGUGUUUAUGGUUUUUUUUAAUCUGUCUUUGGUUGCUUGUGGCUUCUGAAUUACUUGACUGUGUGAACAAGAUGGAUUUAUGCCAACCGAUGCUUUAAUGGAAGUCAAAAUACUUGCUCUAGAAUGGUGCAGUUUUAUUUGUGUUAUUGAGCAUAAAUUGGGAGCUAGGUUGACUUCAGGAGAAGCAGCUUCUGUUAGUAUUUAGUGAAAGUCCUUUGAGCUGGUAUAUCUAGAAGACAGAAUUAUAAGAAUUCUAUAGCAAGUCUAUUCUGAAAGAAUUUUGGAGGGCAAUUUUUUGGUCAACAAAAAGUUUCUCCAAAUAUUUGAACUAGUUACAGACUCUAGAAAGAGAACAUAUUGUUUCACAUUUUUUGUUCAUGGUUUGCUCAAGUAUGGAAAGAUACUCUUCAAAUGGCAUUUUAGAAAUGAAACCUUAAUAUGCUGUGCAGUUACAGUGCUUUGCAGUUGUGUUUUGUGGCUCUGAACAGCUUGUUCCCACACUUUUCAUUUUUCUUACUGAAAAGUAUCGAUUUUUUAGUUGUAACAAUUUUUUUUUUUUUUUUUUUUCCCCAUCCAGGCCUGCUAAGCUAGCUGGGAAUGAAGGUGUUGGGAGUAUUGGGUAGAAUAGUGAGUAGUGAGGCCUGACUCUGUAUAGACUUUUACAGCAACAUCUCCACAGGUGUGGCCAGCUCUAAAAUCCUUGUAGGUGUGGGUCAGGUGGUGGUUCUCUGCAGCUGCCAAAGCUGUCUGCUCUGUCUCUUCCUCCACCUUCCCAAGUCCAUGGUGCAGCCUGUUGCAUGGACAGGUAAUAUUCAGGGAGCUGCACGUUUGUUGGUAGUCAGUGAUCUUUUUGGCUGCUCAGAGAUCUGAUUUAGCCAUAAGGGUGUUUAUAGAGCUUGGAUUAAUCCCUUUGUCAGCAGCAGCUGACUGAGAGUGAGUCCAAGUUGAAUCAUCUCCCUUAGAAAAGUCAUGUGCAGAUUGGGAAAGGGGGAGCACAAAGAAAUGAGUCACAACCCAGGCUGAAGGACAAGAAGCAUGGGACCAACUGUGUGGGUGUGAGGUUUUUUUAGAGAACUCUGGUCUCAAGCCUGGCAAUCUCAGGCUCAUCUACUACUAAAGUUUUGUGGGACUGUUUCAUCUACUGUGAGUUUAUAGAAGAAAAAUCACUCAACCUAGGCAUGAUUGAUGGCUUUUUAAAUUAAGAUUAAUGCCAGAUUCUUUCUGCAAUACAAUACCUGUACUGAGGGUUGUUUCAUUUACAUGUGACAAUGAACAUGGGUUUUAAAACAUGAAUGUAAAUAUCUUAAUAAAAGUUCUUGUCCCUUUUAGUAAUGUGAAAAUACUAUUAAAAGGAAGCUAGAAAAAUCUUGCCUAGGAGCAAAAUGGAUUGUCUGUUUUCUGUAGAUGUUGCUUUAUAAAUUAAAGCUAUGUAAAUCCUUCCUGGAGAAACUAUUAUUGAAAUUGAAUAUUAAAAUAGUUUUAAAAUGGUUUCUUUUCCUCAAGAAGAAAAAAAUUUCAUUUUCCACAUCUAAUACAACUUUAAAAUUCAUAAAAUUUUCAGUUCCUCUGGAUAACUUUUUUCUUUCCACUGUUUGCAGUACUAUCUAGUUUCUUAUGGGAGCCCUUAUGUACAGUUUUGUAACUUAAUUGAUUGAAAGUCUACCUUAUUUUACAUAAUUUCUGUUCACACAACCACUCCUGCCCUUUUCCUGCAUAACUAGGAAGUGAUGUGUCAUUAUAUUCCAGUGUCUUUCAAAGUUUUUUGUGUAGAAAGGGUUUGAUAUUGGCAGAAAAAUAGAUGACAGGUAAAAAUUUGUGAUUAGUCUCACGAGUAGUCUAUUGUUUUGAUUGUUAGGUGCAGCCUCCAAAUACUGGUCAUAUCACUUGGCUUAGCCACAAGUCAUGUUCCUUGCCUGUGUUUUGAACAAAAAUUACUUGGUGCAAAUGUAAAUGGAGUGCACAGCUACUUUGUUUUACUUUCAGUAGUUUUUAGCUAGUCGACAUUUUAGACUCCAGCAUGAACCAGGGGAAGGUGUAUUUAAUUUGUCCCUCUUCCACUGAGUGCUACACUGCUUUCUGUUUUGUCAAAAAUCACAAGAUGGGGAGAUGUCCAGUUGUAAUAAUGGCCCUGUUUUUCCUUUGCCCAGGAGAGGCUAAGGAGAGCUUGCCUGCUUUGUGUCCCAUCAGUUUGUAACACUGCGUGGCGCCCUUGUUCAAGGAACAGCACUUCUGUGUCGCUUGCUUUCUGUAAACUGUCAGUGAGAGGUUGACAUGUAAAGGUUUUCCAGAAUAGGAAGGGUUCCUAAAUGAACUAAUUGGAAAAUUCUCAAGGUUUAUUAAGAAACUCAGUCUUUAAAUCCAAGUCAACUCAUACAAAGAGACAUUUUGGAAUGGGUGUUUGCUUGAUAUCCAUGAUUAAGCUUUUGUUUGAGCAGGUAUGGAUGUUGUUCUUUUUUUGGGAAAAUCCUUUUCAAGACAACUGAAGAUGAACAGCAAUCACUAAGGAGAAAGUGCAGUAUUCUGCAUUUCUGUGCAGGAGUUAAUACCUCAGUGGUUUUAGACUUUUGGUGCAGGUUGAAGUAAGAAGUGUCCAAGUGAAUGGAAGGAUGGUUAACAGAUGAUCUGCUAGUAGGUCUGAGAAAUUCUUUGCUCACAUAAAUCUGACUCCAGUUUCUCUAAGGGGCUUGUAUGAAGGGGGAAACUGUUGCACAUACCUGAGUAAGUGGCACAGCAGCACUGGCACCGGACAAAUUCUUCAGAACGUGCUUGGAACCACCUGUUUUAGUUCAUACCUGACCUAGUUCAACCACUGCCUAGCUUCUGCUGGUCUUCCCUGUGCUGUGCAAAAGUGACUUUACAUUAUGUAAACCACAAAACUGCAUCACUCUGAACCAGCUAUUUAUGACAAUCAUCCCACACAAAUGAUACUGCACUUAAGAAGGGCUGCAGCUUCAGCUUUGAUUAAUUUUGUCUUGUGGGGCCUUAGAAAUCACUUGGCUUUGAUGAUGAAUUACAGUUUUGCAUGGCAUCUCUACUGACACUUGAUGAUUUGCCACCUUGUAUUUCAGUUCUUAUUGGUAGAGGAUGCAGGAAAACUCUGGAGCUGUAGCACUCAGGUGGUGUACAUUCCUACUUUCCAGGAGCACAAAACUUUUCAGUCUUUCUUUUAAACUACUUUGACUAGUACCGUGAUGGUAGUUGCUUCCCUUUUCCAUAUAUAUUUAAUAGUACAGGUUGUUGGGGGAGCAGAGGAUGAAUGUCCAUAGCCAUCCGCUGCUGUUUGUGGCUGCUUCAUAUCACUCACCUCCUCUCAUUUUUUGGUGUAUCCUUAAGGGUUGAGGCUGAAGCUGCCUGCUCUCACAACCAACAAAUAAAAAAGCACAAGGAAAAAAACCCACUAUAAAACAACAACAACAAAGAAGAGGAUAGACAUAGAGGAAGUGUACUAUAAUAAAAUUUAUUCAUUCUUAUUUACUAUUCCACUCUCCAGGUAACCAUUUCUGACAAGUCUUAAAAUUUGGGAUUCUUACCCACAUCAGACUGGGAGCCACCAAGUGUUUAGAGACUAUAAAUCAGUCAAUUACUACCAUCGUGCCUCAGUAUGAGGUAGUAACUUCAGUUUCCUGCUUUGAAAAGAAUACCAGCAAAAAAUUACAGGUUUUUUGUUUUGUUUUUUGUUUGUUUUUGCUGGUGCAUAAUUUGAGUCAGCUAUACCAGAAUAACACAACCUGAACUUUAUCUGUUUGGUGUUACAAAUGAGGCUAAGACCUAGUGAAUUAAAGCUGCUGUACUGAUUUGAGUAUAAUGGUGUAGUGUGUUACGAGGCACUUUUUCUCCCCAAGAACUAUGUACUGGAAGAUCUGACCUGGAUGAGAUUUUUCUAGGUGUGGUUGAACCUGGUUUUAGGGCCCCUACCUGUUUUUAAGGUUAAGAAUUAACCUGUUUUUUUGGUGGGAGCUUGAAACUUGCUAGAGAACUGUGCCCAGCAGUGGCUGCACCUGUAACAGAUUUUUGUUUUCAGCUGCAGGACAAUCUUCUGGCAACUCAAUAUUUCUGGUGGGAGGCUUGCUGAUUUUAGCUCCUCAGCCAACUGAAACAUAAACACUAUGGUUGCUGGGAUAUUUUUCUGUUGCUGGGGUAUUUUGUUUGUUUGUUUUGGUUGUUUUUGGUUUGUUUUUUUUUUUUAAAUGGACUGGCACUGCCUGUCUGGCAACAAAUUUCUUGGAAAAUUAGGGCUUUCUCAGCAAGCUGGGAGGUGAAACCAUGCUCAGAAGGCUUUUCAUAUUAUUAUGCACAGGAUUGAUCUGUGAGGUUGUGGGUGGGCAGCAUGUUUGUGGGAUGGUGAAGAAAGCAGGGUGUGAGGAUGGCUACACUGUCAUAUGUAACAUAGAAGGGUGAAUGGAGUGUGGAGCUCCAGAAGGUGGCUAAAUAUUUAAAUAUGCUGGCUUAAUUAUAUUUGGUUUGAUCUGCUAUCACUUAAAAAGGAAUGCUUUACAUUUCAUCCAAGGUAGUAUAACUGGAUAGGACUUUUUAUAUUUACAUUUCUUCCUGCUCCUCUCAUAUUUCACUUUUUAUUAAGCAAUGCUUUUACAGAAAGAAUGCUGGAACAGCAAAAUCAGAUAGAUUGGCACACUUUAAUGU